GCUCGCCCGGCCGCCGCUGCGCUGCCGCCAUGGACUGACCGCCCGCCCGCACAGCCCCGCACCGCACCGCCCGCCACGAGCUGACACCAUGAAACAGCUGAUCCUUUGCACAUUACUGCUCUUGGCCCGUGGGGAGCUGGCCAGGGCAUGUCCUGCAGGCUGCCAGUGCCAUGACCCCAAGACCAUCCUGUGUGCAGCCAGGCGGGGCCAGACGGUGCCCCGGGGGCUGCCCCCCAGCACCCUCUCCCUCUACGUCUUCGAGAACGGCAUCACAACGCUCAGUGAGGACAGCUUUGCAGGGCUGCCUGCCCUCCAGCUCCUGGACCUCUCGCAAAACAAGAUCACCAGCAUCCAGAGAAACAUCUUCCAGCCCCUGACGGAGCUCGUCAAUUUGGACCUGUCCUCCAACCAGCUGCAGGAGAUCACCAAUGAGACCUUCCAUGGGCUGCGGCUGCUGGAACGGCUCUACCUGCAGAGGAACAUGAUCCAGCACAUCCACGCUGCUGCCUUCGACACGCUGGAGAAUCUGCUGGAGCUAAAGCUGCAGAGCAACCAGCUCAGGGCUGUGCCCCCCCUCGACCUGCCCAACCUCCUGCUGCUGGACAUCAGCUGGAACAAGAUCCCUGCCAUUGCACCAGGGGCUUUCCAUGCCGUCAGCAUUGAGUCCCUGAAGAUCGCAGGGCUGGGCCUGACGAGCUUAAACGAGGAGCUCUUCCAGGUCCAAAACAACCUCCACGAGCUGGACAUCUCUGACAACCUGCUGGAGCGCGUCCCGGCGGUGCUGCGGCGGCUGGGCAGCCUCACCAGGCUCAGCCUGGCCGGCAACACCCGCAUCUCUCAGCUGCCGGCUGAGGACUUCCAGAGCCUCCACAACCUCCAGGAGCUGGACAUCAGCAACCUCAACAUCAACACCAUCCCUCGGGAUUUCUCCGGCUUCUUCCCCAGGCUGCGAGCCGUGACGGCUGCUGGCAACCCCUUCAACUGUAUCUGCCAGAUGAGCUGGCUGGUGCAGUGGGUGAACACCAGCGGUGUGGUCCUGCGGCGCCCCGAGGAGACGCGCUGCCACUUCCCCCCCAAAAACUCGGGCAAGCUUCUCCACCACCUGCAAUACACUGACUUUGGCUGCCCCACCACCACCCCCACGCCCACCACGCCCCGCACCACCACGCUGCCACCGCCUGCGCCGCUGCCCAGCACCCACCGCCCGCCGCCGCCCCCCAGCACCGCUGCACCCACCCUGAGGCCCAGAGAGCCCCAGGGCAGCUCCACCUCGGUGCCCUUCAGCGGUGCCCCGGCCCCCACCAGCCCCCCAGCACCCAUCUGUCCCCCUCGCACGUGUCUGAACGGCGGCACCUGCCACCUGGGUGCCCAGAACCUCCUGGAGUGCCUGUGCCCCGCGGGCUUCGCUGGCGUGUACUGCGAGGUGGAGGCGAGGGGAACGACGGCAGCCCCGGGCACACCAGCUCUGCCUCCUGCCCAGCGGGUCAGCAUCGCCCAGGUGGGCAGCACCUCUCUCAAAGUGGACCUGCACAACUACAUCCAGUCCAAGGCGCAGCUGAAGGGCAUCCGCCUGAGCUACCGGAACCUGUCGGGGCCGGACAAGCGGCCGGUGAUGCUGCGCCUGCCGGCCUCGCUCUCCGAGUACACGGUGCGGGCGCUGAAACCCAACUGCACCUACCGCGUGUGCAUCGGGGCGCUGGGCGAGCUCCCCAAGGAGGAGCACUGCGCCGAGGCGCACACCCUGCCCCUCAGCCUGCAGCAGCACUCCCCUGUCACCCAGAGCCAGGACCCCAACCUCGCCCUGAUCCUCGUCCCUGCGCUGGCUGCCCUGCUGCUGCUGCUGGUGGUGGUCACCGCCGCCAUGUACUACUGCCGGCACCGCCGCGCCAAGGCGCACGCCGGCGCUGGGGUGGACGCCGGCCCACUGGAGCUGGAAGGGGUGAAAGCCUGCCUGGAAAACGGGGAUUUGAGCAGCCACGGCUGCAAGGUGCCAGAGGCGGCGAUGCUUUCUGGUGGCUCUGAGUGCGAGGUGCCGCUCAUGCAGUCGCACUACCCCAGCAACAACAACACCCCGGGGCUCAAACCCUCCUACUUCUGAACCCACAGGGCUUCCAGAGCCUUGGACACAGGAGGGCUGAGCUCCAGUGGCAGCACCUGGCCAUGUCCCUCUGGGAUACGGAUUGCCAAGGAGCUGACUGAACUGAGGCAGAAACACCCCCGUCCCACAACGUGCAAUUUCCGAGAGGCUGCCAGGCUUCGGGAGGAGACACGAAUUUACUGCUCUGUGCCUUGAUUUCUGUGACUCUACCUGGAAUGUGGGUAGUGGAAGAGAAGGGGGGGUUAAUUUGGGGGUUGGGGGGGGCUUUUUUUAGCUCCUGCUAAAGGGAAAGCUGCUGUGACUGGGCUGAGGGACGCCCACGUGCUGGUAACAAGGGUCCUUCAGCGGAGCACAGCCCGUGACUCGACUCCCUGGAAGCUGAUGUGAGCAAUACGGCCCGGCCGAGGUGCUGGGACCCUCGGGACCCCCCGGGCCAAAGGAAGUGCCGAGCAGGCAAACCGGGAAUUGAAGCUUUAAGAACUCAGAGAGAAUAUUUAUACAUUGUUAUUUCCCAUUUCUUCUGGGAAAACUUUUUUUAGUACAGGUUUGUGUACAUCUCUUUUGUAAGGCAGAUCAGAAGGGUGUCUUUUUGUAAAAAAAAAAACCCCAAAAUAAUUAAAAUGACAACAACGAGAA